AUGGACAGCACGCUAGCAAAGCUUCCCGCCACGCGGUGGGACCGCCUGAUAGCGGUGCUGGAAGAAAACGAGCCCGAGCGAGCGAUCGAUGCCCCAAACAUCCUGGAACGGGCCAAGAAGCUGAACCUGUCUGACUUGGAGCUAUUCUAUCUUCUACUCAUGCGUUACCAGGAUAAGCAGCCGAAGAUUUUGUUGGACGUGGUGAGCCUCUACGCAAUGAUGAGUACGUGGAUGGAGUGGAUCGUGCAGGUGCAGCGCUGCCUGGACGCGAAGAAGCGCAAGAUGGACGCCAGCAGCCCUUCCCAUACGGCCACAGGGGGGUCAGUGCUGAUGCCCACCUCUUCCGACUUCGCCGACUCUGGGUGCACAUUCCUGUCCUGCUCCAGUGGCUACUGCACGAACACCCCGCUUUCCUCAAAUCCGGUGUACAGUUCCGAAAACUACGACAAUGACUUCGGUAGCGGGCCGGACAGCGCUACCCAUGUCGCCCGCAACCCCGUCUCCUCGAGCGUGCGCGGGUUUCACGACAAAUCGGGCCGCCGCAGCCACUCGACGAGCUUCCACCGGUGCUUCGACCUCGGCCCUGACUGGAAGUGGGACGGCUCACUGGACUUUCUACGCAACGGACGCGUGCUGAGCUGUCUCGUGGAGGAGACCCUGGACCACUGUGGUAAGUUGGAGGUGCUGCAGGACGACCACUGCGUUCACCCAGGGACGCCGAAUCCCAUCACCCACGAGAUCCUGUACCCCUCGCUGGCGGACAUCGAUCGUGUCUUCAAGGGCGCAGCCGAAGAUGGAGCAACUGGCGUCGUCAGCGCGAGCAGGUCCUUUAGCACACUAAACUACCUCUCCACCCUCGACUUGUCACGUGGGCUACAGCUCAGCCGAAGUGACAAGGCGCAGCCCUCAAAGGCACUGAAACUGAUCGAGGAGCAAGGGAAGAAUCUUGCAGCGGCGGAGCAGUGGGUGCGGAAGCUGAAUAGCAUGUGCGAGCGCUUUCUCGGCUGGGAAAAGUCGGCGCACAAGAACCGCGCCUUCUUCGACCUCUGCAACCCCGGCAACCUUGUACGCCCGCUCAAUUCGGACGACGCGCGCUUGCUCUACCGCAUGCACUGGCUUGCCGUAGCACUUUACCGCGCUGUUAAGGACGCGUCCAUUAUACCGGAGCCACCGCGCAUGAGCUUCAUUGUAUGCCGCGACGACCUUGGAGGACUGCCGGACACAUCGGCGGAGGACGACGAAAUCGGCCUUUUAGUGGCUACCAGGUGCAGCUGUCUCCCCCUCAAAGCGCGUCUGAACGUGACCAUGAAGGACUUCAACUCCAUGCAGCUGCUCCACCCCGACAUGAAGCACGCCCCCCGCGUCCUGCCGUGCACCAUAGUGAAAGACGAGGUAUUUGCUUACUUUGAAGAGCACCAUACCUUCGUCCCGGUUUGGUCAGUCUUCCAGUACCAUCUCCAGCAGUUUGACGGGCUGACCUGGUGCUUCGAGAUGAGCCGCCAAGAACGGGAGCAAGAGCGACAGGUGCUCGGGACGAACUUCUCAGCCGCUCGCCCUGACCUCGGCGCCAGUGAUGACUUCGCCUUCAACGGUAGCAGUGCGGCGUUCGACCUCACGGUGCGCAGCUCCACGGUUCGACACGACCGCCAGCGCAGACCACCAGAGUCUCCGGGCAACACCCAGUGGAUGCGCGGAUCGACCACGCCGAAACCCUUUGAUUUAUCCACUGACUGCAAGGCGUCAGUCACGCUGCUGCCACAGCGUUUUUCCCACCAGCCAGCGGCACAGUCGGGCACCGGCGUCGAGAUGGGCGUUGGUGUGUCGAAGGUGCGGCCAAGCCGCAUUGCCACUCCGUCCCCCCGCCCUUUCUCGGUAUCCCCGUCGCUCCCGUCCCUCCCAUCGUCACCGGCUACCACGUCAAGGGUUGCUGACACUUUUGCGCAACUGAACGCCACCUCAGCUGCUGGAACUGGCAUCACGAAGAACGCCAACGCCGUCUCAUCGACCACCUGCGGAAUUUCUACUGCUGCCGUCACCAGCGCGUCAUCAUCGGGCACCGAAGCCGUCGUGAACGCCAUCAAAAGCCCAAUUUCAGACUUGUCGCUGCCGAUGACGGCCUCGCGACAGGCUACGGCGGUGUGCACGACUGGGGAGCAGGAAACACCGUCGGCGCACAUUGCAUACUCUCUCCCCUCCAAGCGAUCGAGCGAGACGCUUGACGAGCCAACAGAGGACACCGAGCUUACCUCGCAAGAGGUGGUGGUGUGCAUGGAGGCAAAGAAGAAGGAAGUUGUGGAGCGUGACCGCAUUGUCGGCGCUGUCGCCAGCGAUGCGGCGGUGCUGAAGUCGUCCUGCACCAUUUCCUGCUCCCCUAGCUCGCAGAUGAUGGUGGCACUGGAGGCGCACUAUCACGGCGGCGUCGAUUCACUGGAGGAAGACGAUGAUGUGAUUAGCGACGCGACGAUGACGGUGGUGGGCAGCGAGAGCCACACGGUCAUCCGAAACUUCACUGCAGCAGUGGUGCAAGAGUCGGAGCAGAGCGGCAUUUCGAUCUUGUCCCACCACUUCCGCGUAAGCAGCGGCCCCAUCGGGAAGGGUGCCUUUGGCGCCGUAUACAGGGCUCUGAAUCUGGAUACGGGCCGAAUCGUGGCGGUGAAGCAGUCGCGCUACUCUUACGAUGACAAAACGGCGGACCUCAACUGGCGUGAGUUUCAAAUGUGGUCGAAGCUGCCGCCACACGCAAACGUCAUCACCUUCUACGGUGCGUCGAGGGAGGUCGACACAAACCAGCUACUGCUCGUGAUGGAGUACGCCAGCGGCGGCAGCAUUGUGCAGCUGUACCGCUACUUUCGGCCCAUUCCAGAGCCGCUCUUCUACGAUCACGCCGUUGGCAUUGCACGCGGCCUGAAGCACCUGCACGACCACAAUGUGAUUCACGGCGACGUGAAGCCGGAAAAUGUGCUGACGCGCUCAGACGGCAGCGUGGCCAUCUCCGACUUCGGGUGCAGCAGCUUCUCCUUGGUCAGCUCGGACAACGGCAGUCCUUUGCUCCGUUCCUCCAACCAGGAGAACGGUUCCUUGCAGCUAUUCGGGACAGCUGCCUACAUGGCACCGGAAGUGAUCUUGAAUGAGCCACAUCUCAAGUCAGAUGUGUGGGCCUACGUGUGUACGCUGGUGCAGCUGUGGCUGGGGAAGCCACCGUGGUCCUAUGGUGAGCUCCGCUUCUCGGUGCUGGACUCUAUUCCACUCAUGUUCUACAUUGCGAAUGAGGACGUGGUGCCCUUCACGACGGAGCAGCUAGAGAGGUCGCCGAGGUGGUUGCAGUGCAUCGCCCGGCGCGCGUUUGAGCGGAACGUGGAGCGGCGCUGCACCAUGGCGGAAAUCAUCAGCAUCCUGGCCGAUUACAGCAAAGUGUACCGCCCUUAG